GCACGCACGCGACCUUUAAAGGGGGAACUUCGCGGGCGCCCCCAGGCGCAGUCUGAGGAGGGGUGGGCCGCGCAGCGGGAGGUCGCGUUGUCCUGGCGCUGUCGUGGCGUCGUGGCGUCGCGGCGGAGCCGAGAGCCCGAGGUGGACAUUAGGGAAUCUAAAACUCCAUUGAAUCCAGGGCAGCAGCAGUUUGAACUUUAGUGAAGCAAGACUAUGCAAGAUGUCUAUUGGCAAUCCAGUGCUCAACUGGGAUGUUUCACCAAAAAACGGUCUGAAUGUGUUUUUCUCGAAAGAAAAAUAUGAAGAGUAUUCUUUGACUCCUACUCUAAAGGAACUACUUAUUUUGUCCAAAAGACCUAUAGGAGAAAAUUUGGAUGCAUCAGCAAACCCUGUGGAAAAUGAGCCAGCAGUUAAUUCAGCAGCUCAAGCAAAUGGGGAUGUUAAAACCACAAUAGAAAUUGUACCUUUCCCAGAACCAAGAAUUCCUUAUCCUCAUUUCUCUCGUUUCUCAGAAAGAGAACAGAAAUGUUAUGUGGAUUUACAAAACAAAUACUCAAAAAAGCCUAUAAAUUUCAAGAUUUCAGGGUUAAAUAAGAAGGAAUAUUUCCAGUAUUUGGACAUGAAGAAAUGUAUAAAUGAUGAAGUUGCUGAAUUUUUAAAGUUUCUUCAGAAUGCUGCAAAGAGUUGCAGUCAGGAUUAUGAUAUGCUUUCAGAUGAAGCACUUGUAUUUACAAAGCAAUUUUUAAGUGCUUCAGUUGAACAAGUGAAAAAGUAUCCUGAAAUCUACUCACUCCAUGAAAUCACUAGCUUAAUGGGAUUCCUCCCAACUAGAACAGAGAUGGGAUUAAAAUUAGAAAAAACUGUCCUUGCAUUGGGUAAUGUAAAGUUUGCAAAAUUAUCAUUUCCCUCGAUGCCGGCUGAGUUGCAACUCUCCAUAGAUUAUAACUCUACAUCAGCUACUGAUACACCAGAGCAGAAAGCUGCUGCAAUGCAUUAUGAUAUUAGUACAGAUCCAAAUGCAGAAAAGCUUGUAUUGAGAUAUCAUCCUCAGAUAGCUCUCACUAGUCGAUCAUUAUUUGCCUUGUUGAAUAAUCACGCACCUAAUUACAAGGAACAAUGGGAAAUUCCAGUGUGUGUGAAGAUUAUUCCUGUUACAGGUUCCAAGCCAGUGAAGGUAAUUUAUAUUGACUCACCUCUUCCCAAGAAAGAAAUGACAGUGAGAGAGAGAAAUCAGAUUUUUCAUGAAGCACCAUUGGAUCUUUUGACAACCAAAAAUUCAGCUAUUCCUGUCUCUGCUGUAUUUAUGGACAAACCUGAGGACAAACCUGAGGAGAAUAUAUUUCAGUGGGAUGAAAGUGAUGCUCGGGUGCCUUCUGAUAUUAAACAGUCCCGAAGAAUUCAGACUUUUGAUGACUUAGAUCUGAAUUUUGAUGAGGAUGUUACAGAAUUAGAAACUUUUGGAGUGACAGCUAAUAAGCCACUAAAGACUUUGAACACAUCUAGCCUUCCCACAUCGUCUUCUGUAGCAAGCCUUCCCACAACAUCCAGCACAGCAACCAUUCCCUCUAAUCCUAUAAGUUUAUCAAAGAUUCUGAUGGAGCAAUUGAAAAAGGAGAAACAGCUGAUGACCAGUGUAACCAGUGGGCCAGAAGAGCAGAAAAUUAAAGAUAAUCAGGAAUUUUCAUUAUGUGACAAUGUUCUAGAUCCUAAAAACACACAGUUUUAUUCAUGUGGUGAAUCAAAGCAGUCUGAAUAUAACUCCUCCUCAUUCAAAGACUUUGAAAAAGAAAAAAUCGAGUUAAGUGAAGAAAAUGAUUCAACCACCGAUGAAGAAUGUGGUGCUGUUAAACUAAAGGUCCUGGAGAAAACAAAUACCUUUAAAGAAAGAAUUGAUGUAUCAGAAGCAAGUAAGACUCAAAAUGUUUCUGGUAAUAGUGAUACAGAUGAAGAACGUUUAAUUAUUGACAUGGAAUGUAAAAAUCAAAAUAAUAGCAAGCAAGAGAGUCCUAUCCUUAAUUCAAGUCCUGUACUAGAUACUUUAAGGUCUCCUGUGCCUAUUCAGACUUUUUCAGAAAACUUAGUUAAUGCUACUUGUAGUCCUGAGCAGAAGAAAUGUGCUACAAAAAAGUCUGGCAAAAGAUUAUAUAAGAAGUUUGAUCCAGUCGGACAGAUUUUAAAAAUGCAAAAUGAACUCUUAAAACCAGCUUCAAAAAAAAUGCCUGAGCAGGCCUUUGUGAAUUUGGAAAAUUCUAAACACCAGCCCAUAGCCCUUGCUCCAGAGCAACCAGCCACUGCUACCACUACCCCAGCAUCUAAGUGGUCUGCAACAUUUCAGAAGCCGAAAGGACGAUUGCUACCACACAGCCUUCAGAUGCUUGUUGAAAACAAAUCAGAAUAUUUAACACCUCAGGAAGGAAAUCUUGUUUAUAAGUUAUUCAACUUUCAAGAUCUGCUAUUACUUGUACGUUGUGGUGUCCAGAAAGUAGGAACAAGACCACGUUCCAAAAAAUUGAGAAAUGUUAGAAGGCAAUCUCCAGUUUACAUAUUGCCAAAACUGGAGUAUCAAGCUUGCUACGGUGUGGAAGCUCUUACUGAAAGUGAACUUUGUCGCUUAUGGACCGAGAGUUUAUUGCAUUCUAACUGCUUGUUUUAUGUUGGGCAUGUUGAUGCAUUUACAUCAAAGCUUUUUAUGCUUGAAGAAAUUCCGAUGGAUGGACUCAAAGAGAAAUUUGCAACACUCAAUACUCCAAAUGCAUUUAAUGUUCUCCAGCAUGUUCUGAAGAAAAUAAGUAGUUUGCAGGAGGGUUCCUACUUGCUGAGUCAUGCGGCGGAAGAUUCUUCACUUUUGAUCUACAAAAACUCUGAUGAACAAUUUUCUAGAACAGUCUAUAAUUUGCAUAAAGCUCAUUGCAACUUACCUGCUGUACCAUCCAGUCUUUCCGUUCCCUGGGUUCCAUUAGAUCCCACUGUCUUAUUACCUUAUCAUAUUCAUCAUGGAAGAAUACCUUGUACUUUCCCACCUAAAUCUCAAGGCCCUACAAAGCUGCAAAAGGUUGGUGGAACAAGAGUGCCUGUUCCUGGCCACAGGAAUCCAGUAACUGCGGAAACAAAGAACAGUAACCUGCCUGCUCAGCAAGUCGAAAACGAAGGAGUGGUUCCAAAGAAAAGGAAGUAAAAUAGCCAUAAAAAGUCAGUACAGUGGAAAAUGAUAAUUUAGAAAGGACAGUUGUAGCAAAAUAAAGACAUUUCAGGGAAAAAUAUACCUAAGAGAUAUUUAUUCUUGCAGUUAGAAGGACUACCAGAGAUUUUCUGGAAAACAUAAUCAUCUCUUCACAAUUGCUAAAUGUGCCUCAGUACUCAGCAGGAAUUCUUGCCAAAAGGCAGCUGAUUUUUUAAGUCACUAAGUUUACUAAACCAUAAAGCAAGAGAAGACCUUUUCAUUCUAUAGAUAUUAUCCAAAGUGCUUUAACAAAAAAAACUUUGACCAUGUCAAUAAGUAUUGUAAAAUAAGAUAGAAUUUUGUUCUCAUAACCUUUGCAGUUAGCGAAGUUUUUCAUCUUUACUAUUUUAAGAUAAUGAAAUAAAUCAGAGAAAAGCAAUCAGGUUUUAGCUGGAGACCUACCAAGAUUUUUUUUUCAUAAAUCAGAAUUUGAUCAUUGAUCUUUACAGUUGUUAAAGUUUCACUACUAAAAUCAAGAAACACAGACUACCCUUCUUCACAAAUUACAUUUUCUGACUGAAUAACCCUAAGUUUGUAAAAGGAAUGAACAUUUUCUGGUUCGACAGGUUUGGUGGCUUUAAAAAUUCAGUCACAUUUUGGUCUUAGCCCUUCUGAGUAUUGUGAUUUCAAAGAGAUGUUUUGUUCACAUGCUGUUUGUAAAGUUCAAAACUAUUGAGGGGGUUUAUAUUGACUGCAGUUAUUUCUUGUGUCAUUGAUUAUCUGUGACCACUUUUUUAGAGAUGUGAAUUUGAAAGAGGGCAACAAAUAAGACCAAAUUGUACUCCAUAUAGAGCACAUUUACAUUUUUUAUUUCUAUUACCUAAGGUAAAUUAAACAGAUCUUUCCAGAGCACUUUCAUAUCAUUUGUAAGAUAAAAGUUUUGUAUUCUAAUAUGUUCACCUUGUGUGUUUUGUUACACAUUAAAAAAUUCAACUAAUCUUAGCUUUCAUAUAAACUAGUUUAUUUCAAUUUACAAAGCAUUUCUAAUUAACUUAAAUAAUCAUUGAUAAAUUUGUUUUUCCAAUGGAUCAUUUCCUCAUCCUGUUAACAAUGGAGCUAUAGUUGAAAUUUUUUAAAGCCUUUUAAAUUCAUUUUGUGGUCACACUCCAGAAAUGCUUCAUUCGUGAGUCAUAUCAGUUAACUAAGGGUGGGGCAGGGAAUCCCUUGGAAUUUGCUGUUUGAGGCUAGCUAUAUACUGUGUUUCCUCAAUUAUCUGAAUAGCUAAAAGAUUAAGCAUUUCAGUUUUUUUAAGGAUUUAUUUAUAUGAUAGAGUGACUGUCCUCUAACAUAUUAUCAUAUUAGUUUGAUAAAAUUUUUAGGAGGCAUAUAUAUUCUGAAAAUAAAUAUUUUAAAAUUGAA